AUGGUGGCGUGGUUAUUUCUGAUGUUUUUUCCACCAGUAACAAUCACAGUACUACUAGUCAUCGUAGUCGCAUCAUUUGGUGGAACACUAGGAAUUCGAGAAUUGUUUGUUGAAGGGUUAACACGGAUAUUUGAGUGGGGUGCCCAAACUACGCAUGGUUAUGAAUAUCUGGAAGACGAAAAUGAAUCAGGCACGUCUGCAGAAUCACCACCAUUCCGUAUAAAAAAACGGCACUCAUCGGGUGAUCUUGUGAUAGACGAGAACGUGUCUUUAUAUUUUGGAGGUAUCAUUCAUCGUGAAAAAUCUGAUUUGGUCGAUUCAAAACUUCAUUCAACUGAUGAGCCUGAAUGUCGACAAACAACUGUCAGCGUUGUGGUUGAUGACAGUAUCGACUUUAUAGCGGCUGGUAUUGAAGCUAUAAUUGAGGAUCAAGUGACAAGUCGAUUCCGGGCUGAGCAGUUACCGUCGUGGAACCUCCUUACGAGGACACGAUAUUCGUUUCAGUACAUCAACUGGAAAUUAUCGCUUCUAUGGGCAGCUGGUUUCCUAUUCCGGUAUCUGGUCUUGGUACCCAUUCGGAUUCUACUUUUUAUUCUCGGCUUAUCGACAAUGUGCGGUGUCUGUUAUAUCGUAGGCCAUGUUCCGAACCAGAGGUUAGUAGGAAUUUUCUAA